UCCUUCCGACGCUGGAUCUAGGUCAGGAGGUAAAGAAAGAAAUGGGAAAAGUUCUAAUGAUGAACUUCAGUUUCUGAUUGUCAAAUGGAGAGUAGAAAUCGCGAAAGGAAAGAAUGGAAAACGAACUUAGACUUCACAGUCCAGUGGGAGCGGAGCCAGUGGUGUAUACGUGGCCUUUAUCAUCUUCGGAUGGUAAAGAUGGAGCCACGGAGGUCAUAGAAACGAUAAGAUUUGUAGCUAAGGAUGUUCCGGAGCUGGACUCUGCCCUCAAGAACCAUAUCCUCCAGGAUUAUGAAGUAGACAGUUUUGAGAGCAUGAAGAAUGUCUGUGACAAGUACAACAGAGCCAUAGACAGCAUCCGACAGCUAUGGAAAGGCACGAGCAGACAAAGCGAGCUGAUGGGUCGUCCCUCCACGGGGCUACUGAAGCACAUACUACAGCAGUGUUACAACCUGGCAGUGAGUGAUCCAGAGAAACUGAACCAGUAUGAACCGUUCUCACCAGAGGUGUACGGGGAGACUUCCUUUGACCUAGUAGAUCAGAUGAUUAAGUCCAUCAACUUCAGCGAGGACGACUACUUCAUUGAUCUAGGAAGUGGUGUCGGACAGGUGGUUCUUCAAGUGGCAGCCGCUACGCCCUGUAAGAUGUGUUAUGGAAUAGAGAAAGCAGAGUUUCCAGCUAAGUAUGCAGAGACAAUGGCGAAGGAAUAUGAGAGAUGGAUGAGUUGGUUUGGGAAGAAACACGGGCAGUACAAAAUCGAGAAGGGCGACUUCCUGUGCGAGGAAGUGAAGGAGAAAAUCAAUAACGCCACGGUGAUAUUUGUGAACAACUUUGCCUUUGGCCCACAAGUAGAUCAUCAGUUGAAGCUGAGGUUUGCCAACAUGAAAGAGGGUGCCAAAAUCGUCUCCUCCAAAGCCUUUUGUCCAAUGAACUUCAGAAUUACAGACAGAAAUCUGAGUGAUAUUGGGACGAUCAUGCAUGUAGCUGAGCUGUCCCCACUAAGUGGUGCUGUUUCUUGGACAGGGAAACCAUUUGGCUACUUUAUACACACCAUUGAUAGAACUCUGCUUGAAAAAUAUUUCUUGAGAAUGAAAAACCCCAAAAUGAAGGAUGAAGAGGAUGUGAGGAAGGACCGUAAAGGUCGCCCCCUGACCCUGAGAGACAAAAAUAACAUCAACAACAAAGAAAAGGAGGAAGUCAAGAAUGGUGUCUUGAGGCGCAGGAGCAGGCUGUGUGUUAGCAAUGUAGACAGCAGUUCCAACAGCUCAUUCCCCGCCUCCCGCAACCUGGACUUUGACAGCGCCAGCAACACCAGCACCGCGACCAGUUGCACCACAAUGGACGAGAACACCCAGGUACCUGGCACUACCACACGGCGACAGUGGUCAGAGUGGGUCACCAGCAGGCCGAUGAGCCACUCAGCGGUUAUGUCGGACAGGGACGGGGAAGAAAGUGAAAGUUCUCAUGUGGAUGUUGAGGAAGAAGAUCCAAAGGUCAUCAAGCCGAUAGAAAAGCCAAUGAAAACAAAGAGAAACUUGAAAAAAGACAAACCAGUGGGCGGGAGAAAGAAAACUAAUUUUAGUCGACAGUCUCGCGCAAAGAAAAACAAGGAAAAGGCAAAGACAAAAGUUUUGGGGUUGGAUAGUCUGAAUUUGCUGCAUACCCACACUUUGAUGUCUACAGCAAAAUCAGACUCGCCCCCAGAGAACACGAUGAAGUGGAAUGACAUCAGUAUGACCUCAGUGUCCUCGUCUUACUUCAAACCUACCACCCAGAGUCGGUCCAUCUCGUCCCUUGAAUCUGAGCCCCCAGCCCUGCAGCAUCUUCUAGAUUUGUUUAAACAGCAGUACAUGCAGUUUAUAUCUUACAUGAAAAGCCCCCAGUAUAAAAUUGCCAUUCAACAAGAAAUUGAAAGAGAAAAGCAAAAACAGCUACAACUGAGAGCCAAAGCCAUGCACCUUGAGGUGCAAAUAUCAGGGCUACAGAAGGAGGGAGUGUCACGGCUGAAGCAGAGAAUGAAGGAGCUUGGUAUCAGUGCUGAGAAUCCGUCAGAGUUCCUGACACAGGCCAAGAAGAUUGUUACAGGGCACAAAGAGCUCCAAGGUCAUCUCAACAACAUCCAAGGUCAAGUGUCCAGUCUGGAGAUGGAGAGAAACAAACUAGUGGGUGAAACAAAUCAGCGUAUCUUAGGCCAAAAGAAUGGACACAAGAAUGGUUUCAUCAAACCGGAACUGACUAAUGAUUUGAUCAAACAUGUCAGCACCACUUAUUCCCAGAAGAAGAAGCUACUUAACAAAGUGAAAGAGCUAGAGGCAGAAGUUCAGGCUUUGGAGAGCGAGAACCAACAUCUUACUGAAGUAGAGAAGGAAAAUUUUAUCCGACUAGCUCAGGGCCAGAAACUUGUGCCAAAUCUUUAUCAACGACUUGGGGAUUUAUCAAAGGCAGCUAUACCAUCACCCAUAGUGAUCCCAUUAACCACCACAGCUAUCCCAUCUUGCACGGCUGUCUCCUCAUCUUCAGUUACACCAUCAACUUCAGCUCUCUCAUCAGCUACGCCAUCCGUUAAAACUGUCAAGAGUGUCUAUGUGGCACAACCAUCAGGCAAGUGUAGUCAGGUGGUAGAAGCUGUACCUAUAAGUGGAAUGAGAAGUAUCCUGUCUCCAACUUCUCAAAGCUCAGGGAUUAUACCAUCUUCUUCAACUGUACAAACCACACCAGCUUCUGCUGCUACUGUGCAGGUUUCAAAUUCCUCGUCAAAGCCAGAGGUGAAAGUGAAGAAUAACUUGUCUUUACAAUCAUUGUUAGAAGCCAGUGCUAUGCAGAGGGAGAAAAGACAAGACAUGAAGUCUAUAGUAAACAUGGUGGAGAAAGUGAAAAACCAACCCAUUAAAGAAAUUAAAGUCCUACCCAAGAAUGGAGUCAAACCAACGAUCAUAGCACUCCAUGGCAUGCCCAAACCCUCACUCCCAGUCAAGAUACCACUCGGAAAGGUGAAGACCGAAGAGGUUCAGUCCAAGCCGUCGUUACCGGUUAGUAUUCCACUGGAUAAGGCCAAACUGGAGGACAUCAACAAGAACAAAACCUUUCCCUCCACAAAGGAAGAAGCGAUAAAAACGGAGAGACUUAUGAGUAUGUAUUCUCCCAUCAGUAGGUCAAGUAGUGUGGACAGCACAGAUACUGCUGAAGAUUCGCCUCAGAGUUCAGGAAGUUUGCUUAAAGGUAGUACAUCCUCAAACUCUUUGAUUCGCAAUGUGCUGGAUGGCAAGGCAAGUCUUCAUUCCGGUGGACGAACAAUAAACAAUUACAUUAAAGAUGUGGUUAGAGACCAGAUUACGGGUGCCUCCGCUAAGCAAGUGUCUUCAGUGCUGACAAACCACUCCAGAUCUGAAGACAGAACCAUGUCUCAAAAACUCAACCUGGCAGAGGCCUUGAUUCAGAUGUCGGAGACUCAUAAUCACAUCAAAUCAAAAAGUGUGCCAACAUUGAACAACAAAACCCAGGUGCAUGUAAAGCAGCCGACUAUCAUUAAGCGUAAACACAAAGACCAGAUCUCAUCCAGUGUGCCAAAAAAACCACGCACAGAAUCGUCCUGGACCUCUCCGGCUUCCAGCUGUUCAGAAACUCUCACCGCUAGUUCCAUCUGGACCCCCGGCUCAGAGUUUUCCACCAGAACAAACAGUCCCCUCUUCACUAAAGCAGCUGUUAAAGAACACAGAACAGAUAAGUCGUCAUAUAGAGAUUCCCCUAGUAAGCCAAAAGGAAGGGACAUCACUAGUGAGUUUGAUGCUUUACUGGCACUAGCAUCAUCAGAGCUAACGAAGAAUAAACAGACUGAAAAACAGAACAAGUCCAGCUAUCACCGUCAUAAUAAUGUACACAGGAAAUCGUCAACUAGAUCUCAUCAUGAUCAUUCCAGAAGUGCCCCUUACACAAAGAUCAAACUUUCAGGGCCAAGAACACCCCCUGGGAGUCCCCCAAAUCACAGGCAGGGUCCACGCACACCUCCUGGGUCCCCUACCCAGGGCCUAAAUAACCAUAGGAUAGAUUCAAGAAGUUCACAUGUCAACAGUAGACAGAGGAAUUUGUCCAAUCGCGGUCGAGUACAUUACAGGAGGAGUGAUACCCACGGGUCGUACAGUAGUAAAAGCCGCAGUCCUAGUUACGACUCAAGUCGAAGCAGUCGAUCUAGGUCAUCUAGCAGCUCUUCUUGUAGUUCAGGGUGUUCCUAUUCUAGCAGAAGUAGGUCACGAAGUUCCAGCUGCAGUAGCAGCUGUAGCCGGGGUGCACCAGCUAAAAGGGCACCAGUAAAACAACAACCAAGUACUCCUAAACCUGGCGUAUCCCCGGGAAAAGCUAGCGUCAGUACGCAACCUAUAGCAUUAAAAACCAGUAUACCUAGUGCUACCUUAAAUGGCAGCUAUCGUAUUGUGCAUAGCACUGCAAAUAUGAAUAAUCCAACAAUGAUGAUUAUGGCCAAUAAUCCAGUUAAUUCAGGGAAUAAUUUAAUACAGUCUGCUUCUUUGGGGAACCAGGCUAUCCCAGCUUCAUCGCUGCCCAACAAUGUUGUAGUUCUUCAAUUAAUGCCACAGAACUCGGGAGCCAGUGGACAGAUUAUAAGGACUUCAAUUCCAGGCACUCUAGUGACGUCCCAGCCACUGCCAGCUCAGGGUAAAACUGUCAACAACUUCACCCAGCCACUACAACAGACCCCGCAGGUGCCCCCUCCCCCUCUUCCUCCAGGUAGCAAUGUAGUCCAACUCAACAAUGGACUAGUGCCCCCAACCAAUGCUGUCCAGCCUAACGGAUUUCAGUUUACCUUGGAUAACAGAGGAGGCACUUUUAGUUUUCCGGAUUUAACACGUCCACCCCCGAACAUAGCAGUGAAACCAUCUAAUGUUAGUCUUCCUGUGCCUGUGGGUAACACCAACAGACCACUGCUGCCUUUGCCCAAAGGGCAGCAAAAAAGGCUGCCCUCAGCCCGUGGGCAAGCACCCAUUCUGACUAUAAACCAUAGACAACAAGGCAGUCCCAGUAAUGUGUCCAUACAACCCAGACCCAACCAUAACACUGUCCAAAAUGGAUUCCAACCCAACAUGAACAACAAUUUCUCGCCCCCUCAGAAGUUUGGCGAAACUCAACGAGGCCAGACUCUGAAGCCCCGCAUUCCACAGCAGAUGAAUUUCCGCGGAUCUCAAGUCACGAUACAACCGGCACCAUCGGGUGUCAUGCAGGGAAACAACUCUAAUGCUAGACCUCGGUACACCACUUUUACAGUGCCAUUCCAAGUGUUUAACAAGGAUCAAGGAAAUGUUCAGCAACAGUUCGGAACCCAAAUGCAAACUGGGAGCAUUGAUGAUGAAUCACCGUACCUGAAGUGUCAAGUGUGUGAGAAACGCUUUCAUCUCGAUUGUUUGAAGUCAGGUGCCCCAUCGUCUAUGGUAGGAGAUGUAUUCUUUAAUUUCACUUGCACAGACUGUGCAGAAGAUGGCCAAGAAGAUGUGAAUAGAAUGAAGAUGCAAUGGACACAGGUGGUGUACCUGGCCCUGUAUAACCUGCAGAGUCUGGGACAGUCGGGAAAGUGUGGCUACUACAGGUGGAAGGAACACAUCUGUGCCUACAUCGACCGGCACUGGAAUACCCUGUUUGGAUCACACAGGAAAAAGACGACCCUAUGGCACGGGACGGUGGCCGGUACCUUGUCCUCGGGCUGUCCUCAUCACUUUACCUCGGGGGCCAACGAACUCGGGGAGACAGGCUGGUGGAGGCUGACCACAAUGAAACCUCCCUAUGUAAAGAAAGUGACCACCACCCCAGUAUCCACCCCAAAGUCCAACCGAAGGAGGGGCCCUGUACUGGAUACAACCUUAAAGGUCGAGGGGCUGAGGAGCAGGCGAGGAAAGACCUCCAUAGAGUCAGCCAUGGAACUCAAGGCCAAGAGAGAAACUUUACUGGAGGCUAAAGAAAUGAGGAGAUCAAAGUCUACAACUCCAGGGGUUUCUCCAGUUCAGAGUGAGGCUUCGGACAGUAACUCCCAGUUCACUGGACAUAAUUUUUUCCGACAGGAUCCAGACUUUAUAGUGAUCAAACAGGAGUCCUCAGACUCUCUGGAUACAAGUCAAAACCUAUCGGCCAAUCGCAGCUUUUAUUCUAUCGCUUCCUCGGGCAGUACUUCCAUUCGGAGCCUGUCUGAAUCUUUCAAAGAGGUGGAUGAGGACAGCCAGUUCUCCUACACAAGCAGCACGAGGACAGAUUCAUGGCUGACAGAACAGGAACUUAAACCAAAUGCAAGUCUGCCCUCCAUGUUGAUGUCCGAUGACCAGGAGUCGGAGAGUGAUUUUGAGAUUGACCCAGGAACCAUAACUCCUCCUCCUGAAUCUCCAAUGCAGAGAGAAGACUCGCCUACCCUACAAGAUAUCCUCAGCACUGUAUCAUCUGUGGAUGACAAAUCAAACAGUACAGAUCCUGGCACGAGACCCCCUGUCCUACAUACACAGACCCCCUCAUUACAGACAUAUCAAGCCCCAAAUAAACAUGUGGAGCAACAAGAACCACAACAACUGAUUAUUAAGCAGGAGGAGCCUGGGACUCAGCGUACUCAAACACCAGACAGCAGCAAGCUCGAGCCUGAGGAGGAGGACUCGGUUGUAGACUCGGAGUCAGAAAGUGACAGUAAUGAAGAGGAGGUUGAGGACGAGGAGGUUGAGGAAGAAGAAAAGCCUGGGACCUCUUCUCAGUCCUUGGGUCGAGCCUCACAUAGGAAGAGGAGGAGGCUUGGGCAAGAAGAGGAGGAGAGGAAGGAGAAUCUGGAGCCACCUCCUCCGAAGAUGCAUUUGAUGAGUUUGUAUGAAGAGAGACAGUUGCUGAAGAAAAUGAACAUGGCUGCAGAUGAAGGACCACUUCCUCCUGAGCUGCAUCGAUUAAGGCGCAAACUGAUCGUGAGACAGCAACAGAGAGAGAGGGGACUGCCAGUGUUUGAUGCCGAUGCUCAGAUGAAUCAGCUGGCUCAAAAAUUCUGGGGAGAUUCAUGGGAAAAUGAGGAAAACAAAGAAUAUAACCCCAAAGGGGUCCCCACAUCACACCUGUCAUCUGGAGAAGCCAGGGUGCUGGAUAGGUUUCAGGUGGCACCAGCGAUCUCCCACAUGGUCAUGCUUCAACAGCCUUCCUUCAUCAAUCGCCUGAUUGGUACGGAUGAUGAUCAGCUGACCAGUAUUCGGAGUCCUUACACGUCCAGAAUGCUGAAGCCAUUUAUUAGAAGAGAUUAUGAGUCACGCCCUCUGAAAAUGAGAUUAUUAGAGGAAAUCAAGGCAUAUCCACACAGAGACAAGCAGGACUGGAGGCCGUCCAGCCCCCCACCCAUUGACUACUGCUACGUCCGUCCACAACAUAUCCCCUCCCUCAACACGCUGUGCAGGGAGUUCUUUUGGCCUGGGAUUGAUUUAUCUGAAUGUCUACAGUAUCCUGACUUCAGCUGUGUUGUUUUGUUCAGGAAGAUUGUUAUAGGGUUCUCUUUUAUGGUCCCAGAUGUUAAAUUCAAUGAAGCUUAUAUCUCCUUCAUCUUUACUCACCCAGAGUGGAGACGAGCAGGCAUUGCCAAGUUCAUGCUUUAUCAUCUCAUACAAACUUGUAUGGGGAAAGAUGUGACGUUGCAUGUGUCUGCCACAAAUUCUGCCAUGCUGAUGUACCAAAAGUUUGGCUUCAAGCCAGAGGAAUUUAUUCUUGACUUUUAUGACAAAUAUUACCCAGAAGACUCGAAGGAAUGCAAACAUGCCUUCUUUCUUAGAUUGAGAAGAUAAGAUCUGAAGUAUUUAUAGGAAUGCUUUGACAAAAUGUACAAUUAUGAUAUUAAAAUAAAUUUUAAAAAUAUA